AUGGAGAAGGACUUGAAUGCCCUUGAGUCUGAGCUGGCGCGAUCUGCCAGAAAGCAGGACCUCAUGAAGAUCAAGAAGAAGUGGAACCUAAAGACUGUUGUUUUUGGAUCCGACGUUACCUUGGACUCAGCUCGGCAGGCGCUUGCAAGGGAUUUGCGCUUGGAGCUGCGGGAACUGCAACAACUCGGAGCUUCGAAAGAGGGCAUCCUUCAGACACCACACGGUGAAAUCAUGGCGGCAGUGGCCACUAGCCAGACAGGAAGGCGGAAUAGCGCAGGACGUGGCGACACAGGACGCUACACCAAGCUGGCCGUCAGCAGUGCACUGUGCUUGUGCGGGCUUGCCGCCCUAAAGCUGCGAGAGGUGCAAACCGCGGGGAGCCCUUCCAGGGCAACCUCGCAAGAGCCGGCUGCAGAAGAUCUCGAAUCUGCGCAUGGAGGGACUAAACCCCACGAAGCCUCUUCGCCCAAAGCGAGUGCAGGAGAAGAGCGGCAAACCACGCCGGAGGCCAAAGAGUCAAGUCGGCAUCAAGACCGGGAAGCAGGUGGCAGCUACUUUUCACGAAUUUCGGAGGAGAGAGCGCAGGUGCUCAAACUUGGCACUGGUCUCGUACUAGUGCUUGGAUUGGUUUACUACUUUUGGCCAAACGUGCCUCCGCAGAGCCCCGACAGCCCUGAAGGUCAAAUCUCUACACAGGAGACCGAGGUCAGCCUUGAAGCCGGGAGACCGGCUGCAGGAUUGGAAGAGGCGACAGCGGCAGGUUCCAUUCACACCAGGCAAACGGAGGUGGUCUUUGAGAACGCGCCGAAGGACAGCCAGGCUUGGGACAUGUCAGCCAGCGUUCGGGGCAUCAAGGGUGGCGUGUCGGAGAAAGUCCGCAUGUUUCAGCGCUGA